UUAUCUGUGGUCAAAAAUGUCAACAAAUUACAAAAAUAACCUCAAAUAUGUAACUCAAUUUUAUAAAUUGAGAUUUUAGAUUAUCAGUUUCUGUAGUGUUCUGAAGUAAACUGAAGGCAAAAAAAUGAAUAGGCAGUUAUUAAAAACAAUAACACCUCUAACGUUGUUAUGUCGCUCAAAAGGACAUAAGCCUUCGGGCGGAGUACGAUAUCCUGGAGGAAUACAGUACUUUCCUAGGUAUCCUGAUCAUAAAGAUCCUGAGUGUACGCCAUCUAAACUAUUCAGAGUGGAACAAAUUAAAACUAGUAAACAUCAUCCAUGGUGGCAAAAAAAGAUUUUGAGUGAAUUGAAGUUUGAUGAUCAAAACAGAGUUGUUAUUGUCAAGAAUAUACCAAAUAUUAAUGCAAGAUUAUGGAAAAUAAAACAUUUGAUCAAAAUAACACCAAUCACAUUUCCAUAUGGGGAACCUACAGAGGAAGAUAUUAAAUACACUGUUCUUAAGGAAGAUGGACAGUGUAUAGUAACAAAGACACUGCAACCAGAACAAAAACAAAUAGAAGCACUAGAGAAAUUUGAAACUGAUCCAAGGAAAAUGGACUCAACCACUCUUAAGAAAGAAUCUAGGCACAGAUGGAAUAAUCCUUUCACUGGUGGAUUUUAACUAGAUUAACUAUUAUUGUAGACAAUAUUAAUAAAACAGGUUAAAGAACAA